CUGAACCCCCCAAUAGCCUUUUUCAGCCUUCACUCUCACUAUCACACCCUAAACAGAAUCCCCCCGCUUUCUGAUAUCCGAAUACGAAUUUUGUUAUUCAGCGAAAAUUUCGGUUAUGGCAGCUGAAAAUCCAACGAAUUUCAGUUACAUGGGGCUGAAUUUCAGUGACCUCAGUAUCGGCGACAGCUCCUCUGCUUUCAGUGAUUGCAACAGUGACAGAUCCGGCGAGUUCCAAACGGCGUCGUCUCAGAGCCGCCGCUUUCUGAUUGCCUGCGCUUCCGAUAACUCCGACGAUCAGAUACGUCAGCUCGUCGGCGUCCUCGAGUCCGAUUCGAUUGACGAGCAGAAGCAAGCGGCGAUGGAGAUCAGGCUCCUCGCCAAGAACACGUCGGAAAACCGCAUCAAAAUCGCCAAGUCCGGCGCGAUUAGGCCGUUGAUUUCGCUCUUGUCGUCCUCCGAUCUCCAGCUGCAAGAGUACGGUGUCACGGCGAUACUGAACCUCUCGCUCUGCGAUGAGAACAAGGAGCUCAUAGCGUCCUCCGGCGCGAUCAAGCCUCUGGUCCGAGCGCUCAAGACGGGGAAUCCGACGGCGAAGGAGAACGCCGCGUGCGCUCUGCUGCGUUUGUCUCAGAUAGAGGAGAAUAAAGUCGCAAUCGGACGGUCGGGAGCUCUGCCGCUGCUGGUGAAUCUUCUAGAGAACGGCGGAAUUCGCGGCAAGAAGGACGCGUCGACGGCGCUGUACUCGCUCUGUUCUGUUAAAGAGAACAAAAUCAGAGCCGUCCAGGCUGGUAUCAUGAAGCCGUUGGUGGAAUUGAUGGCGGAUUUCGAGUCAAACAUGGUGGACAAGUCAGCGUACGUGAUGAGCGUGCUGGUUUCGGUGCCGGAGGCUCGGACGGCGCUGGUGGAGGAAGGCGGGAUUCCGGUGCUGGUGGAGAUCGUGGAGGUUGGGUCGCAGAGGCAGAAGGAGAUAUCGGUGGCGAUACUGCUUCAGCUUUGCGAGAAUAACGCGGUCCACCGUAACAUGGUGGCCCGCGAAGGAGCGAUACCUCCCCUGGUGGCUUUGUCUCAGUCCGGCACCAAUCGCGCCAAGCAAAAGGCGGAGACAUUGACAGAGCUUCUACGGCAACCGAGAUCCGGCAAAGUCGCUGCACGAGCCUGAAGAUGAUUGUGCUAGUGUAAAUUCCCAUUUCGCCCCUCAUGGCCCCUAUUGCCGUGCCCAUAGCCCCAUACCAUCUGUAGGAUUUGUACUCACACACAAAAAGGAAAAUACGAGAAGAAGAAACAACCGAAAACUUGUAAAUAUCUUUGUGGCGGGAGCAUGUUGUAUGAUAUGUGAUGAAGCAUUGGAAGUGAGCUUAAGAGUUUGGUUUUCCCUUUUGGCUAUUAUCGUUUGUUUAAGAGUGAUGUGUCCCUUAGCCUAACCACUAAGGCUUUUGCAGUGGUUUACUUAGUGUGUUGUUUAUCUUUGUAAGUCUUCGAGUAAAGUGUGCUGAUAUUUGCUGAUUCGAAAUGAGGAGCUAGGAGACCAUAGAAGAUAAUGGAAAGUCUGCUAAUGGGGUAGUCAGUAGUGGCUCUCAUUCUUCGUUUAAAACGAAUUAGAAGAAGAAAGGUGAGUGUUACCUACCAACAAACAAAGAAAGAAGAAAAAGAUUAGAAUCAAGUGGAUGAAAAAGCGGUAUGGGGGAGACUCUGGAAGGUGGCCGGUGCGUGUUUUUGGUUUGGAAAAAUAAAAAAUCAGUGUUGUUAUUCAAAGUCCACGAGCUUCGCGUACAUGAAAUGUUAUGAUUUUUUUUCUCUUUUUGAAUGUAA